AUAAGAAUUGCCCGAGUAUAAAUUCACCUCCACUCCACCAGCCAACUACCUUGAUUCACUGACUCUACGAAUGGUGGCUUUAUAUACCCUCACAGACAAUAUGGUACCCGUAGCCGUUUUGCUGAUCGCCUUGGCUGCCUCUCAAGCGCACGCUGAAUGCUGUGGUGGUUCCGAGAGGGACGAGAUUUUACAGAAGCUUGCCGUAUUGGACAAUAAACUGAACGAUCUGCAACACAUGUGCAUGAGUCGCGAGGAAUGUCCCUCGGGAUGGACCGCCUACAAGACCUCUUGCUAUAAGGCUGUCAGCACCAUUAUGUCUUUUGAUGGGGCACGUGCGAGGUGCCAGGAGGACGGCGCAGAUAUAGUAGACAUCUCGUCCCAGGAGGAAAACCAUAUGAUUCUAAAGCUAGCGCAGGGAUUAAAGCCUGCGCCACAACAAGUAUGGGUUGGGUUCCGUCGGCGUGGCCGAGGUGGCGCGUUCUACUGGGUGACUGGGGCCGAGACUAGCUUUACACACUGGGCCAAGGGAGAGCCGAACUACGCAGAAGAGGAAUGCACCUUUAUGUACGUGGACCCCUCACGCAGUUCGCGCCCCCAGGGGACCUGGAACAACACCUUCUGCAAGAGCGUGCAGGGCUGGGGCGCUGGAUACGCUUGUAAGAUGAAGCAGCGACAGUAAUGACUCAAUACACUCAGUUAACGCUGAAAUAAAUAGAUAAAUGCAACUCA